AUGAAGCAGUGCGAAAGGCGGACGCCGCAACAGGCAGGCGGCAGUCCAGGGCUCGGCUCCCACAUGUUAGCCAUGGAUGUGACCAAGGAGGCUCGGGCGUCCCCCUUGCCAGCCGGCGCUCAAAGUGCCAGUGCUACAUCUGCCCAGCCCCCACAGCCUCAGAUAUGCGCAGGAUGCAGCAAAGUGAUUACAGAGCGGUACUUGUUGAAAGCUCUUGAUCAGCUCUGGCAUGAGGACUGCCUGAAGUGUGGUUGUUGUGACUGUCGCCUUGGUGAAGUUGGACACACAUUGUACACGCGGGCUAAUUUGAUACUCUGCAAGAGGGAUUAUUUGAGGCUUUUCGGCAACACCGGGUAUUGCGCUGCGUGCAACAAAGUGAUUCCAGCAUUUGAAAUGGUGAUGCGCGCGCGCAGCAAUGUCUACCAUCUCGAAUGCUUCGCAUGCCAACAAUGUAAUCAUAGAUUCUGUGUGGGUGAUCGCUUCUAUUUAUGUGAAAACAAGAUUUUAUGCGAAUACGACUACGAAGAGCGUUUGGUUUUUGCUAAUAUGGCAUACAAUCCACCACCACUAUCGCAUCUUAAGAGGCAAACUACCCACCUACCUCCACCUCCGACGAGCAAUGCCAUGGCACUAAUGAACGGUUCAAGUCGUUCUGGAGAUUUGAACAACAACAUGAAUUCAUCUCCUGCGCCGUUCCCUCCACACCUGAAGCCCUUGGGCCUGUCCGCGUCCAGC